UGUAGCCAAGCCGAGCGAGCCGGGACGACGAGUGAGGCAUACGAAAUAACGAGGCACCGCAAGGCUUGCGCUGCCGCCCUACCCUUCGAGAGGCGCGAAACGACGACGACGCGGAUCGCUUCCCGUGUCAGCGAGCCGGCGACGGACUAAAAAGACCACGUCGCCGAAUCCCAGCGAUCCGAUCAAGUCAAGAGCCCUGCAAACAGGGUGACGAAGGCGUGGUCGGGGGGGUUUCCCUGGUGGUUCCCCGUAUCGUGACCACGAGCGACUGGGGCGCCAUGGACCCCUCGUCGGAGGCGUGCGACGCCGCGGGGGACCUCCGCUUCAAGGCGUCCACCAUGCCGGCAUCGGUGGCCUCCUCGGAGCGGAGGCGCUCGCUGUCCGGAGGCACGCACCGCGUGCCCUCGCUCCAGCUGUCCGGCGCGGUGUCCGGACGGGCACGCAGGCAGUCCGGGGACGACGUGCUCGGAGGGGUGUCCCCGUCCCGGAAGGCCGUGCUCUUCGACGCCUUCCGCCCGCGCUCCAAGUCUGACUCCAAAAGCUCGUCCGGCCGCAAGCCCAACAACCUCAUGUCCGCCCUGCGCAACACGGUGCACGGCCACGGCUGGUUCCCGUCGGCCUCCCACCACCGGGGCAGCAGCGGCGGGUCCCCCGCCCUGACGCCGCAGUCUUCCUCUCUGUCUCCCACGAGUCCUCCCGACGGCCUGAUGCCCUGCGACCUGGGCCCCGGGUUCCGACGGCCCCGGUCCGGCUCCGAGAGUCGACCGGGCGCCGUGUCCAAGGUUAUGGACCUCUUCCGCAACCGGUCCCAGUCGGUCAGCGUCGAGGCCAAGGGCAAGAAAUUUCUUGGGAGCGCCAGCCAGCACGGAUCUCUGUUGCGGCGUCACUCUGUGGAGCCCGAGCGGCGCAGAGGUUCGGUGACGCAGCAGCGGUCGCUGGACUCCCUGGACCACCACACCGCCCUCAUCCACAGGCACCACGCAGCCCUUCCACAUGCGCACUCUCUCUGUGAUAAGAUAGACAUCGAGGACUUGGGUGAAGAUGAAAACCAGCUGUUUGUAAAGUUUUUCAAGUAUUACCGCUGCUACGAUCUCAUUCCUGUCAGUGCCAAACUCGUCGUGUUCGACACAGAACUCUUGGUGAAGAAGGCCUUCUUUGCCCUCGUCAGCAAUGGAGUGAGGGCAGCACCGCUCUGGGACAGCGCCAAGCAGGAGUUCAUCGGAAUGCUGACCAUCACAGACUUCAUAUACAUCCUGAGAAAUUACUACAAAUCACCACUGGUGCGAAUGGAUGAGUUGGAAGAGCAGAAGAUCAAGGACUGGCGAAACGUGCUCAAUGACACAGCGAGGCCGUUGGUUCACAUUGGACCCGAUGCAAGCCUCUGUGACGCCAUCACAACAUUGAUCCACAACAAGGUUCACCGUCUGCCGGUCAUCGACCCCCAGACAGGCAACGUCCUGUACGUGCUCACCCACAAGCGGAUCCUGCGCUUCCUUUUCCUUUAUUAUUACGAGCUACCUCACCCUGGUUACUUGGACUUGACUCUGCGGGAGCUCAAGAUCGGCACUUACGAGAACAUUGCCACGACGAAGCCCAGCACUCCGCUCAUCGUGGCCCUGCACCAGUUCAUCAAGCGGAGAGUCUCUGCACUGCCCGUGGUGGACGACCGAGGCAAGGUGGUGGACAUCUACGCCAAGUUUGACGUCAUCAACUUGGCAGCAGAGAAGACUUACAACAACCUUGACAUCACCAUCAAGAAAGCCCUAGAACACCGGGAUCAGUACUUCGAGGGGGUGCUCAAGUGUACACUGGAUGACACGCUAGCAGCCGUUAUGGAGAGGAUUGUCAAGGCCGAGGUACAUCGCCUGGUGGUGGUGGACGAUGAAGAUCACGUGGUGGGGAUAAUCUCCCUCUCGGACAUCCUCUCCUUCCUUGUGCUCAAGCCACUCGGGAUGGAGCGUCCCGAGAGGACGAGCAGAGCGUCGUCAGACAGCGCCCCGCUGACCGUGCACGAGGAGAACGAGUCGGAAGAAUUACGAGAGGACGAGUGCGCGGACGAAAAGCAGGACGUGGAAGAGGAAGCACCUGCCGAGGCGGACCCAUGAGCACUUCUCUGCAACGCUUUGGCUCGCGUUGUUCGAUGGAUAGACGAAAGGUUCGCGCCGGCGUCUACCACCAACGCAUGGCAAAAACAAAGUGCCGCUGGCGCACCUAUAAAAAAAAAGAAAAUGUGCGGGGUGCAGGGGUUUUCGCCGGAACUGCCAGAGCACCGCGGAGCUAAGUGAAGCAUUGCGGAAAAGAGGGCCAAAAAUAACUUACGGGCGUCGCUAAACGGACGCCGUCGGAAGAGCCUGUGUUUUUUGUGUUUUUUUAUGCGCAAUUGUUGGGAGUGUUUUGCCGAAGCCUUGCCGGGGUUUGGUAGGAGUUGACAGGGCCUUGCUGGUGAUAAGUUGGGGUGUGACAGAGGGUCUUUAUUGCGUGGGGAAGAGGCUGUCUUCGAGGUUGCAGCUUCGUUCGUGGCGAAGGGACUUUGUUUUAUUCGUUGCCCCAAAAAUGGUUUGUGCCUGGCCAGCGAGGAAGAAGGGUGUUCUGCGUGUCUCUUCGCCGCUUUUCAUAGCUGCGUCGACGAGAGAGUAUCUAGCGCGCUAAUCGGACGCCGGAAACAUUGUGGACAAAUGGAAGAGAGAAAGUUUGACGAGAGGGGUGGGAGUUCGUGCAGGCAUCACUUUCCUUUGUCGGAAAGGUGCCCGCUUUCAUAGAACUAGAGUUGCGCCAUGGCACGACGCCGUUAAACGUGUAUAGCCGCGCAGUGUGACCGCUGCGUGUGGAUGUGUUUUCGUGAAAGCUAGCAGUGUACAUAGCAUAUGCGAAGCUUUUUUUUUUUCUUUUACGAGCAGUGAAUCUUUUUAAGACUCCCACCACCCUUUUGUGGUUGGUCCAGAGCCAAGCUCAGAAUGAUUGAGGGUAUAUAUAUUUUUCGGUCUGGCCGUCUCUCAGCAUUACAGGAGUCUAUCCGCGUUUGCCACCGAUGCGGCGGCAUUAUUUUGGGGGGCGGGGAUUAACCAGUGCCAUUGUUUCCUUUCCUUCCGCGUUAGCUGUGCCCUCGGUCGUAGCCUAGCGAAAGAAGACUGCGGACAGAGCGUAAACUAAACCAAGGGCCAAAGCCAGUGCGAUCUAGCUGGUGUACAUAUUACAUAUCGCGCCCCCUCUAAAUGUACAUAAAGUAGCCGGAUGACUGAAUACUAUAUGUUACGAGAAAGAAGGAAAAAAAAAGUAUCUUUUCUGAUCUACAA